UUCUUCUUCUUUUUUGCGACUCUCUCUCUCUCACUCUCUUGACGGAAAUAGGCGAUUCUUCCCUUGAAUCAAUUGAUUUUUGACACCAAUUUUACACUUUCCCCUCUUUGAGUUGUUUCGUCGUCUUCAGCUCUUCAUCGGCCGUUGUACUUUCCAGUGACAAGAAAGAGAGAGUUCGGAGAGAGAGAGCGAGACAAAUCCUCAUCGUCUUGGUUCUUGUUUCUUCCUCGAUCUCUCGAUCUUCUCCUCUGAUUUAAGUUAAAAUGCUGAAGUAUCCCGUGCAGUGUGUUGUUUCUGCCCAGGAACAAUCCGAAAUCUUAUAAAAGAGCUCACUCCACAAAAUAUGAGGAUUGACCUUAUUUCAAGUUCAUUCAAGGCAGCAGAGUGUCGAACUGAACCCUGGUUCAAAUCACGUUUCAUAGAAGAACAAAUUCCACUUGAGUUCAUACAAAUGUGGAAUGAAGCUCCUGAAACUUCCACGUCUCUGAAGCUAAGUACUUCAGAAAACCAGUUCAUUCCAAGUGCCAUCAAGCUUAGAGUGACCGCAGCUUCUGUUCCUAAGUGUAUCGUGGAUAACUCAUUGAUAAAGAUGUGGCACAAAUGUAAUGGACUAGACCUAUCAUAUGUCUACUUGUGCAUAAAUCUGAAUGGUGGGAAAUAUAGUGUCGGGGAUCAACUUAUGAUGGACCUAUUUACAGAACUUUUAAGGGACGACUUAGACCAGCUCAUAUUCGAGGGCAAGAAAGCAAAAAUUUCUAGCUCAUUGUCAAUCUCUGACAAUAGACUGAUGUUUCAAGUUAAGGGCUAUAGAGAAAAAUUACAUGUCUUCUUCUCGGAACUUUGGAAGAAGUUCAAGUCUUUCUCUCCAAAGUCUAAAAGGUUUGAGAUUAUCAAAGAGCAGGUGGCAAGUGAACUUAACAACAUGGAUAUCAAAACUCAAUCUGAACAUUUGUUAUUGCCAAACUUAUACGAAGGUUCAUAUGGUGUGCAUGAGAAGUUGAAUGCCCUGGCCCAAAUUACUUUUGACCAUCUGGAAAGUUUCAUUCGUGCUUUGUGUUCCCAGCAGGUAUCCAUUGAAGGUCUCUGUUAUGGUGAUGUGCUAGAAAAGGAAGCCGUUGAGAUUUCAGAGUUUAUUGAAAGAACGUUGGAAGGGCCAACCCCUCCAAAAGUAGGAAAGAAAAGGCGCAUAGUCUGUGUUCCGCAUCGUGUGAGAUUUAGAAGAGAUGCGAACGCGAUAAGAAAGUCUGCAAAUAACUCUAUUGCCAAGGUUUACUUCAGAAUCGGUAGGAAAAAAGACCUAAAUGAGGAACUAGGUGCAAUGUUGGCUCUCUUCGACAGUAUCGUAGAUGAUUUACUAUUUGAUCAGCUGAGGACACAGGAGCACCUUGGUUAUGAACUUACUUGCGAUACGGACUUGACGGGUGGAGUUUGUGGAUUUUAUAUUUAUGUUGUGUCUUCAAGAUUCAAUCCCAAUCAUCUAUUGAGGCGGAUAUAUAACUUCGUAACUAACAUUAGGUCCUUCCUGGAAAACAUGGAAGAAGAAAUAUUCGAAGACUACAUAGUUAGUACUAGUUUUAAGUUGUUUGACGGCCUAGAGUCUACAUGGAAUGAGAUUGUUUGCCAAAGGUACAAAUUCAAAUGGCACAAGAAAGAACAAGCUGAACUUAUUAAGAUCCAGAAAGAAGAUCUCAUCAAAUGGUACAACAAGUACUUUGUGGCAUCAUCUCAUAGUUGUCGUAGAGUUGCUGUAUGUAUCUGGGGAUCCAAUACCAACAAGAAGAACAAGAAGACUUGUGAAAGGAACUUGAGAAUAUUUAAGAAGCUCCAGUUAAGUUCAACGAAACUGAGGAAGAUGAAGUGGCUUUUGAGCAAACGCUAGGCAACGAAACUGAUGAAGGCGUUCGCUUACUAGCAACUGUUUUCGAUUUCUCUUUUGUUGCUCAUGUAUACAAAGUUGUGGGGAAAGCUUUAUGACUUAAACUUGCAUUGCUUUUUGACUUGCCUAAACUUGCAUUGCUUUUUGACUUGCCUUUUUAUGUUAUGAAACUAUGAGAAACCUUUUAAGUACUACUA